AAUGGGUUCGCUUUCUCGGUGUCAUCGUUCAUUGAACCGAACCGCUAAACUCUCCCUCCGUCGGUCGGAAAAGUCGGUACGCAAAACCAGUAGGUGGCAAUUCAGAGAAUCUCUCGUGUCGACCGCAUUUCCGCCAUGAUUUCGUCCCCAAAUCCUAUUUUUCUUACCAGGUCUCUUCGCUGAUGGUAAUAUGGUCCCUGGUGCUUCAUAUGGGGUAAUAGAUCUCCAAGGCUCCAUGCACCUGCAUCACCAUCAAAACCCAAAUGCACCCUUUCACCAUCAUUUGCAGCAGGCAAGCCAUUGUCAGCGCCAGAGCUUAAUGAUGCAUCCUCCUAUGCAUGAAGUUUUCCCAACACAAAUAAAUCAUUUGAAGGACUGUGAUCAGCAACUGGUUCAUCCGAUGAUGGAUUAUGAUAAGAAGGGAGAGUGCUGUAAGAACUCAGCUAGUGAUGAUGAUGAGUUGAGCUUGAACACCGAUGAGCGUGUUUUUUGCCAGAAUGAAGCAGGAAAGGGGAAGAAGGGGUCUCCUUGGCACAGAAUGAAGUGGACUGAUUUAAUGGUUAGGCUUUUGAUUACUGCUGUUUCUUACUUAGGGGAAGAUACCUUGUCUGACUGCAAUAGCAGUGGGAGAAGAAAGGCCACCAUAGUGCAGAAGAAAGGGAAGUGGAAGUUGAUAUCAAAGGUUUUGGCUGAAAGGGGAUUCUAUGUAUCACCUCAACAGUGCGAGGACAAGUUCAAUGAUCUCAACAAGAGGUAUAAGAGGCUUACUGAUAUUCUUGGUAGAGGAACUUCUUGCAAAGUUGUGGAAAAUCCAGCUCUCUUGGAUUUGAUGAGCCAUAUUCCUGAUAAGGCAAAGGAUGAUGUGAGGAAGAUUUUGAGUUCGAAGCAUCUUUUUUAUGAGGAGAUGUGCUCAUACCACAAUGGUAACAGGUUGAAUUUGCCAGCUAAUCCAGCUCUUCAACGCUCGCUGCAAUUGGCUAUUAUGAGUAAAGAUGAUCAUGACACAAAGAAGGCUGUUCAUGAGGAUCUUGAUGAGGAUGAUCAAGGUGAUUCAGAGGAUGGGGAAGAGGAUGCAGAGGAUAACAGGAUGUUACACAGGGAUAGUGGCGGAUCAUGUUUCCACAAAAGAUUGAAGCAUGGAAUGGAUCAUGAAGAAAUGUCCUUUCCAAACUCUUUGGGUUCUCAGGAUUUCAACAGAAGGAACGAUUCUAUUUCUGUUAGCACUGAAACUAGCCACGUGUUGCCCGAAGGUCCCAAGGCUGCUUUGGUGCAGAUGGAGAUGCUGAGGUCUCGCUCAAUUCAGCUGGAAGAGCAGAGUCUGCAUAUCCAAUCUCAGAUACUGGAACUUGAGCAGCAGCGGCUUAAGUGGCAACGUUUUAGCAAGAAGAAGGACAAAGAAUUGGAUAAGAUGAGGUUAAAGAAUGAAAGGAUAAAACUUGAAAAUGAAAGAUUAACAUUAGAUUUGAAGCAAAAACAGUUGGAGCGUGGAGUAAAUUGAAAUAUCAAAUCUGCUUAUUUACUGGAGCUGCAAUGUCUCAAUCUACCGGUGGUUUUGAAAGCUUUUGUUAAUGAUAGGUACACCAAGAAAACUGUCUCCUUGUAGAUUUUGUGUCUUGUUACAAUUUAGUGGUACUUAGUACUGUCACAUUGGACUUGCUUUAGAAGGUUUUGGUUAUCGCAGGUUGUUAUCAGCUAAAUAUUGAAGAAGAUGAAUUAGUUUUUAUUCUAGCUUCAUUUUCUUCUGGAAGGUACUGCAUAGAAAAAGUUCUCUAAUCUUUGAUGCCUUUGGGAUUGGAUACUGUUACUGAGCAUUUACAAUUAUAGAUUUAUUACUUGUGUC